AUGGCUUCCGGAGGGCGGCAUGCGCCGCAGAACUCGGCCUCGGAGGUGAGAUCCUCCCGGCGUCCAGGUAAGAGUUCGGACGAAAGUCUAGGCGAAAUGGCCCUUCGCUGUCCGCUCCCCCCGCGGCCGUGGAACGUCUCUCUCCCCGCCGCGAUCCGGAAAAGUUUCUCGGAGGCGUGCCUGCGCGAUGCGCUCCGGCUCCCCGCGCCUUCGUGGACCAGAUCCGUGCGGGCGGGAAUGCGGGCUCGGCCAGCUGCAGGCCCCGACCCCGCCGCAGCUGGGGGGCUGCCGCCCGCACCAUCUACGCAGCCCCCAGUCCCCAGCCCGCCCAGGCUCAUGCAGAAUACCUGGGGAGACUUCCCGGACCAGCACUGGCUGCUCGCCUACCUGACGCAGGCCCAGGGCCGCGAGGCGCGUCUGUGGCGGGGUGGCCAACUCCAGCAGGCGGAGAUUUGCGAAGCCUUCAGAGAAGUUGUGUUGUGGCUCCUGAGAGUGGAGAACAUCUUUGACUUCUCUCAGAACACUUUUAGCCUGGCUCUCACUAUCUUCAGCCGCCUCCUUGUUUCAGUAAAGUUAAUUCCACACGUUAAAGACUUCAUAAAGCAUUAUGGCUCUGGCUAUUCCCCGAAUGAGCUCCUCAGGAUGGAGCUGGCUAUUUUGGACAAACUGCACUGGGACCUCUACAUUGGGACACCGCUGGACUUUCUGUCCACAAAGUGA